GCCCACAAGAACCAACAAGAUCUUGGUUCAAGUUACUGUCUGAUAUAAUCCUUUGGUACAUGGAGAGAAUGAGAUGAGAGAGACCGAUGGCCAAAUGCCCACAAAACGGAGUCUCGCGUCGCGUCUCUCGACUCCGGCCAGCUCAAACAACAGCAAUCCGAGUUGAGCUGCAUGCUUGGAGAGACAAGCUUCAACUGCAUACCAGUCAAUCCGAUUCAAUAUGCGAUUAAAGCAAACAGAGAUGGUUAUCCAUGUCCGGCUCGUAUAUGGAUUACUAGUCGGACAGCUUAUAAUUAAUUAGCUUCUAUAUAGUCUCAUGUAUUCCGUUGAUCGAGUGUACAUCCAGAUCCAGCCAAGCCAAGCUAGCUAGCGGAGAUCGAUGACUCGCCGUUGCCCAUGGAAGAAGCGGACUACGCCGCCGCCGGCGUCACGCAAGCCGACAUCGUUCGUCCGAGCCGAGCACGAGUUCCACAUCGUCGGCUACAAGGCCGACGCCCGCGCAGCGCUGGCCUACAACGCCAACUAUUCCAUCCUCUCCGGCGCCUUCGAGGUCGGCGGCCACACCUGGGCUCUCGAGUGCAGCUUCCACAACAACGACGACGACGAGCACCUCACCUCCAUCACCCUCCUGCUGCUCACCCCCUACACCACCCAAGACGCCGUCGUUGCCAAGGCCAGACUGAGGAUCGAGGACCCGCUUGGCAAUUGGCCCGCCGCCGUCUGGGAGAGCGACGGGACCUACACCUUCCACGUCUGGUCCGGCAACACCUGGCUGCUGUCUCAGUCUCAGGCCGGCAGGAGCUGGACGUUGCCGGUGCCGGACGCAUUCCGCGGCCACGAGAGCCGCUACGUGCAAGACGACCGCCUCGUCAUCCUCUGCACCGUCGAGGUCCUCCGGGAGGAGGACUCUGGCGUCGCCAAGGACAUGCACAAGCUUCUUCUCCUCUCGUCGGAGCCCAAGAGUACCUCCACACCUACACCUGCACCUGCAUCCCCAUGCAUGCUGCCGGAGCCGGACGUGACGUUCGUGGUGGAGCAGGCCGAGAUCCAGGCGCACAGGCUGAUCCUAGCCAUGCGGUCACCGGUGUUCGCCGCGGAGCUCCUCGGUGAAAUGAGAGAGGGUACCACCCGUCGCGUCAUGGUCGAUGACAUGAGCGCCUCAACCUUCAGGGCCAUGAUCCGCUUCAUCUACACCGACGAGCUGCGCAUCAAAGGAAAGACGCCGGCGACGAAAAAGGUCGUUGGUUGCAAAGAGAAACGUGCGGCGAUGCGUCGUUUGGCCAUGGCGCUUGACCUGCUCGUAGCCGCGGAUCGCUACGACAUCGAGAAGCUGAGGCUCAUGUGCGAGAAGACGUUGUCCGAAAGCAUAGACACGACGUCAGUCAUGCCGACAUUGAUGGCGGUGCAUGGCCGGCACACCUGCCGUCAGCUGGAGGCCUCUUGCAUUGACUACUUGGCGUCCGAUGCCAACGUGUAUGCCAAUGUCAAGGCGACAGAGGAGUACAAGGAGCUAGAGGAAAGCUGCUGUUCCUUCCUAGCCGAUGUGACAGACAAGGUAGCCACCACAUGUAUAUUAGCGGACAACCACGCCGGCGACACUACCAGCGUCCGCCGGCCAGAGAAACGGACAGCGUCGACGUAUAACACGUCGGAGUUGGCUCACAGCAUACACGAGUUGAGGAUCCCAAACAUUGAGAGCCUGCAAACGAGCUCUGGUGCCAAGCAAAGAUUCAGUUCGGACACUUUUCGGAUAGGAGGCCAUGACUGGAAGCUGGACGCAUCGGUGAAGGAAGGGAAAAUUUCCGUGUUCGCCACAUUGUUGACCGAUCCGGGAAAGGCUGGUGUUAGGGCAUUGGUAUGUUUCAUGUUGGAUGACCCUGGUGGAGAGACGACCCUAAUCAUAGGGCCUUUUGAAGACACCUUCACCUCACAAGGUGCAUCCUAUGGGUAUGUGGAUUGCACCAGCGUGAAAGAUGCCGUGUCGUCAUACAUGCUACCACAUGAUGGAUCCCUAACAAUUCGUUGUGAGUUUAUAUUGACCACCAAGGCACGCACCGGUGGUACCAGCGGCAGCGACACCUCUGCCGGUGCCGGAGACGACGCUCCUGAUGUGCCACCGCCUCCCAACGUUGCGUAUCAUCUUGAGCAGCUCCUGAUGAGCCGGAAGGGGUCAGACGUGACGUUCCUAGUCGAAAAGGAAGAGAUCCACGCGCACAGCCUCGUCAUCGCCGCUCGGUGCCCGGCCCUCUACAUGAUGGUUGUGGACAGCAACCAGAAGAAGGAGCACGUCGUAGCCGUCUGGUAUAUGAGGGUUGGAGUCUUCAAGGCGGUGCUUCACUUCAUCUACACCGACGAGCUCCCUCCCUUGGAAGACAUAGCCGUUGCCGCGGGGCACGAUGUGACGACAAUUGCCUAUGGCGUGUUGGAUGCCGCGGCUCGCUUCCAUCUGGACGGGAUGAAGGACAAGUGCGAGGCCUUGAUUGGUGUGUGUGUGUCGCAACAGAACGUGUUGGCCAUGAUCAGACUAGCGGGCCAUCACGACCGCAAGAAGCUCCAGGAUUACUGCAUGAAGUUCAAGUGAUCUCCACACGUGGAUAACCAAUAAUGCAUAGGUUACAGGAGUUUUACAGGCAGGUAGAAUUUAAUUGGAAA